AUGCAUCUGCUUCCGCUCGUGCUUGUCGCGGGCUUCGGUUGUCUGUUGAUGGAUGACCGCGUAUAUUCAGCCAGUACAAGCAACGAUGGCGCCAGCUCUUACUGGUCUGGAGACGUCUUCGGGCCGACACCUUCACUAGCUGGGCAAACCAGCUCUGGCGCUCUCUCGGCGAUAAAUCAGCCACUAUCUUACGGAAACCCUGCAAACUCGCAGACAUCAUCCGCGCCCGCGCCGGAAACUGCGCCGGUUCCCGCCUCACUCAACCUUGGCCAUAUCGUUGGCCAGUAUCCUUUGAACGGCAACUUCGUCUUGAAGGCCGACGAUGUUAUUUGGCUGCGCAGAGGUGACGGAAAGCUCGCUGCGGUAUGCCCACGACCUGCAUGUGGCGAACCGGUCUAUACGGGCUCGACGUCUGCGAAUGUCGGGCCUCUGAGGGGACACAUGAAUGGUAAAGGGUGUCGAAAGCGACUGGAAGCAGCUGCUCGUGCUUGCCUAGUACCUCCUUCGUCGGAAUAUACUCACCAGUCUGUAUCGAUAUCGUCUGCGCCGGGAUCCGUCUCGCACGUAUAUGACACUCCAAAUAUUACUGGUACUGUUGUAUCGACUACCACUGCUGUUCACGGUCACGCUGGUCCUGCGCUGCCGAUUACCCCGUCACGAAGGGCUGUCCCCGGUCACGUCACUCCAGAGAUCGUUCAGACGCCACCUACUCCCCCGCCCGAACCAACACAUAGAGGCCGCCUAUCGUCGAGGAGAGCUCUCUUUUUGGACGAAACUGAAGAGGACAACAUGCACGCCUCGCCAUCGCCAUCGCCGACUCCGACUCCUCGCACACCUCGCCCAUUACCUUCGCCGGGGUGCUGUCCGGGGAUCCUGCUUGAGUGGCCUUCGGGCGACUUCUUUCGCCAAUAUCCCUGGCAUCGUCACGGCUUCUCCCCGAAUGAACUCGGGUAUAAGUUCUGUGGUGUCGAGGAAUCCGGCGAGCAGUUCUAUGUUCGCUCGAAUGACUGUCUUCGGCGUGCACUGGUCGAUGGUGGGCCAUGUCCCCGCUGCGAUGAUAUCCGCGCCGACGUCGCACGACUAUCUGUCAUGGCCCAGCAUGCUCAACCCCAUACUAGAUACGAGUUUCGGUCAUAUGAGCAGCUUCGGGAGCUACUCAAGGAUCGAGAUCGUACACUGAAUACCUUCAAGCUCAAGUGCCUGAAUAUCGGUCGGAAGGUCGCCUCGGUCAUGCAAAGGCUCACCGACUACCGCCGCUUCGUUAGCCUCGUUGCCAGCAGCGACAUUCCCGGUCUGCGAAGGGUAGUUGCCCAGGCUCAACGCAGUGGCGCCAGUAUCACCGCCAUCAUUCGCAAGGUCGAGGCAGCACUCGAGUACACUUAUGGUGCGAAGGGCUUCUCAGGGACUGAUCUUGAUCUCGCGCUUCUGUGUCUGCGGCUGGGCGGGCGGCGCUUGUUGUAUGCUAUGCAGAAGCAUUUUGGCCUACCGUCUCUCAGACAAGCACUUCGAGCAUGCACGGUCUCCAAAUUUGCACCAAGCCUUGCUUAUCCGACAUAUGAGGAAGCUACAUUCAAUGCUGCGCAGAUCACGUCUAGGGCGCCAUUCAAUACCGAGCCGGCAAACAUCCCCAAAACGGGCGGAUCGAUUCUUUGGGAUGAGAUCAGCAUCGAAGGUCGCGCCGACUACAUGCAUCAUCUCGACGCAGUUGGCGGUAUUGCACGCGAAGAUGCAGACAAGAUCGAUCUUCGCCUCUCCUCCUUCGAAAGUGCCGAAGCUAUCGCGCGCGCGCUCGAGAACGGAACAGUACACUUCGGGAAGGAGGCCUCUGUCAUAGCCGCCGCUUCGUUCGCGCCGCACGUCCGCAAUGCCACGCCGCUCAUCGUAUCACCCACCAACAAGACCGAGACCCCCGAGGGAUCUGAAACGAUUCUGCGCACCGUCCUUGCCGCAUGGAAAAAAACCGCCGAGGAGAUCGUUGGACCCAUCUGGUGUUUCUCUUCCGACGGGGAUGCAGGGCGACGUCGUAUGGUCCACAAUAUGUUUAUGUGCACGCCUAUAAGUUCUACGCACCCUCUCUGGAAGCACUUGGGCCAUCUGCCGGGUCUUAAUCUCUAUGUCGGUGAAGACGAUGUUACAGGCGACUUCGACUGGAAGCAUCUCCUUAAGCGUUGCGCUCGUCUUCUGCGCUCUUUUCUAGGGUUCGCAAUCGACACAACCGUGAUCAAACAUGAGACGUUGCGCUAUCAUCUCGGUCGUCUCGGCCUAUCUACUCUCACAGUUGACCGACUGUUGAAGCCUGAAGAUGGGCAGGAUGUUCCUCGAGCUAUGGAGCUUCUCGAGCACCUUGCCGAUCUGCGCACGCUCGAACCCGAAGCCAACCCGUCGCGCCGGCAGGAAGCCAACAUUCUCACGCUUGUCGGCGAGAUGUACGGCUCGUACUUGGACGCGUUUGUCACACCCGCUUGGUCCCUCUCACAGCAACUUGAGGUGCUCAGCAAGUGUGCCCACAUGGCCUUCGCUCUUUACCGCAUCGGAGGCAGCAGUUUCAUGCCGACCCAGCUCUACUACGACAUCCAGUCGUCGAUCAAGAACAUAUUCUUCUGCGUGGCAAAGCAGAAAGAACUCGACCCCGCCCAACCGUUCUACAUCAUGCUUACAGGCGACGAUCGUCUUGAACUGCUGUUCGGGCGUGUCCGCAUGCAGGGUGGGCACACGCCGAACUUCUCCUUCAAACAGCUCGUCGAUCGACUGCGCGCGGCCGUUGAUCUCGACGCCAUCUUUGCCCGGCACCCGCACCUUGAUCAAGGCCACAGGCGUCGCGAUAUUCGCCGCAGUGAAGAUCGCGAUCACCUCAACCCGGAGUCCUGGGAUCGGGAGCAGCUGAUUGUGGACGAUGUGCAUCUGGCAACAGUCUGGCGCUUAGGGCGCGAGACGGCGGAAGCCGCACUCGCUGCAGUGGGCAUUGUCAACCUCGGUAUUGAGGCAAUCUUCAAUACCGAGCCAGGUGUGGACCUGAUGCGACCGAAUGGCGACAACACAUAUCCGGGUGUUGGUAAAGACGAGCCGGACGAUGCACGCCUUGUACCCGAGCCCGUCCCGGUCCCGGUCGGACUUCCUGACGCAGGGACUGCAACCGGCGAUGUCGAGAGCGUUGACGCCGAUGUACUGCACGUGGCGGGGGACCCGUUGAAUCUUAUGGAUUGUGCAACCGACGAGCGAUCUGCUGAUGCGGUUCUCAAUGUCGAGCCGGACUUCGAUGAAGAGCUCGAAGCAGCCGAAUUGGGCGAGAUGGACGAUACAGACGAAGCCGUGUUGCCCGACUCAACAACGCCGCGACAGACGACAGCAAGUGCAUGGGUCGAGCACGACGGCAAGCGAAUCCACAAGUCUACACUUUGCCGUGUCGUCAUAACACCCGACUAUGUCCGCCUGUCACACGAGCGUACCCUCCGCGUUCGAAACUUCUCGACCGACUUCAAGCGGAGGAGUUUCAAGACCGGCGAUGAUGCCGUGCUCGACCCUGACACAUUUGUUGUCGGGGACCCCUUUGCUACCCUCGUGCGAGUAGGCAACAUUGUCUCACUCGCACUCGUGAAGUCUACGUCUAUCGAGGCCCAUGGUGUGCGUGUGGAUGCCGUGAACAGUCGCGAUCUCGCUCGUGCUGCUGCCAAGAUCUCUAUCUCCGGCCAGAUCUACGACAUGGCUGUUGGCCCUAGCUCUGCUGUGGCCUCCGCGAGUGGUAGCAACAGUAGUGAAGGACACGCACAAGCCAAUAAUGCAGACAGCAACGACAUAGACGAUGCCGAAUCACCGUAUAGCUGGAUUUGGACAGGGAACUUCGCCAGGUUCGAGUCCGAGGGCACGAGUUCGACCGCUCGAACUACGCGCAAGACCAUUGAGCUAUCCAAGAUCUCUGGUGUUCUGUGCGAGCCUGUGAAUCCACGCGUGCUGAAUGUCUUUGAGUCUGAGAUCCACUCUUCGACGGUCUCGACUGAGGUUCGCGAUCACUUACGGCGGCUGAACGGCGUGACCUGGGAGUUCAUGGACGGCGAGCUGGGUUUCAUCAUCGGGCAUUUGUGGCAUCGGGUGAAGGACAACAACCUCGUCAGUCACCUUCACCGUCUCCGUGCGUCGAGUACAUUCCCGUAUCGGGAUUCUUCAAACGACAUCCGUGCACUUUCUUCACGCGAGGGAUGCGAGGAACUUGAGGUUGCUCAUCCCGCUGACGGGAAGCACAUCUGUUUCUUCUGUCCCGGUCAGGUGCAAGUCGAUGCGAAGAUCAUGCGCGAGCAUGUCGGCGGGCAUAUCUUGCGGGCAAUGCGCGGGGUCGAUGAGCAUCUCAGACACCCUAUUGGCGCCUCCCCUUGCGGGUUCUGUGGCCGCUCGGGUCUUCCUGAAUGCCAGGUUUAUCUGACCAAGGCCUCGAAGGGUAAACAGCCCCAGGCCCGCAGCAACUGCCCAUACUAUCGCACGUUCUACUACGCAAACGUGUCGAAGUCCCGCUCACGAUGCUCUAAUGUGCCUGUCCUCUGCGAGAUUCCUGGGUGCCUGCAGACUGAUGCAACGGGGAAGCUUCACAAAGCCAUAUGGAAGUACUCUAUGCCCCAGCACAUCCGUGAUGAACACGGCCCUGCUCACGGGUCCUCGGGCUAUUCGCCAGAUGGUAUCGAAGAAGGCGCAGCGCUUCCGGAGACAAUGGCGUGUGCGAUCUACAUCCCCGCCGCCGAGGAGGAGGGCCUCGGUAUACCACAGCAUCUGAUACCGGUGAAACUGUCACCGCCGCGUUCGUCCUCCCCUGACACCGUUGUCGGUCGAAAGCGCACCCGCCGAGGUGGCGAGAACGAACCCGCUGUCAAACGUAGACACUAG